CUGUUCCUUGCCCAAGGUUACGGCCUCCUCAUCUGCUGGAAAUGGCGCCAGAUUCCCCUGAGAGCAAUCUGGGGCUCAGGCGCCAUCAUGCUGCUGGGCGGCGGACGAGGAGUCGCAGAGGCAAUGGUCUUCACCAGUAUAUCAGAUGUGAUGCCUGAAUCGAAGCGAGCAACUUGCUUCCAAUGGGCCGUCGCCGCCGUUCUCUCAUCCCAGCUCUUCGGCCCCCUAAUCGCAAACCGCCUCACCGAGCUCUCCAUCUGGCACCCCCUCCUCAUCCAACUCGGUCUCAUUGCUGUCGGUGGCAUCGUUCUCAUCCUGUUCAUGCCUGAAACCCUUCCCAGCCGCAUCGCUCUGGCUCAUAUCAGCGAAGACACCCCCAUCAUCAGCAACACCAAUGAUAGCAAAUCCGCCCUCGCCUCCACAAAGUCCACCCUCACGGCCCUCUUCCGCCGUCCCGCAAUCUGCCUCCUCCCCGGCGCAAUCCUCGCCAUGCCCGCCGUCACAUCACAGUUCGGUAUCAUCAUGCGCAUCAUGCCCAUCCGCUUCGACUGGCCCCUAUCUCGAACAUCCCUGCUCUUCUCCCUCAACGCCGCCGUCACCCUCCUCACACUGCUCGUCAUCCUCCCCGCGACAUCCUACCUCCUCCACCGAAACACUUCCACCUCUGCCCUUGAGCGCGACCGUCUCCUUGCCAGAGCCAGCGUCCUUCUCUUCGUCCUCGGCUCGCUCUUCCUCAUGAUUGGCAGCAAAGUAAGCCUCUUCGUCCUUGGCCUUGUCAUCUCUGGCCUUGGAUCUGGAGUCCCGACUUUGUGCCGCACUCUUCUCGUGGCUCUUGUGGGCGAGCACAGAACUGGCUCUGUCUUUGGUGUCAUCGCUGCUGGGGAGGUCUUGGGGAUGCUAGCAUGCGAGCUGAUCAUUGGUCCGCUCUUUGAUGUUGGCCUUAGAUCGUGGUUAGGCUUUCCAUUCUGCCUUGGAAUGGCCAUUUCUGUUGCGACUUGUCUG